AUGGAGCAGACACGCGGCCCCAUCGUGGCCGGCGUUGCCGAGAGCAACGGCACCGCCACGCGUAGGGGGUCACCAAUACCGUCGGUGGACUGCUCUCGGCUCGAGCGCAACCUCACGAAAGCGCUGCAGCUCGCCGACGCCAUCGCUACCACUCCCUCUACACACUUUUCGACGCCAGUCGGCAGCCCAGGUGAUGGCGUAGAUGGGCUUACUCUGCUCACGUCCCCGAGCAACUCGCCAACAAUCGCUCCGGCACAUCCGCUGUCGCCUCCCACUGCAUGCGAUGAAACAGCAUCGGGAGUGCGCAGCGAGGUCAUUGGCAGUCCGAACGACGGGUCCGCGGCGGCGGUGCAGCAGCGCCUGCUGCGCGCGAAGGACAACGAAAUAGCUCACCUGCGCCGCACCGUCCACGAGCUCAGCAGCCAACUCCACAACGCGCUCACCGCACUUGAUCAGCGCGAAGACACGUCGGCUGAGCUACACGAGCUGAAGAGUACGUACGAGGCGGAGGAGGAGCGGCGCGAGAACGAGAUGCGACACGCCCGCCUGGAAAUGCUAGAAAGCCGGGUCAAAUACCGCACCCGGGAGGAGAAGCUGGCGGAGACCUACGCUGUCGACGUGCACGCGAAGGCGAUGGAGAUGCUUCAGCCACACACACAGAAGGUGCACGACAAGAACUUUGAGCUUAUGAAAGAAAAGAUCAUGCUAGCGCAAGAAGUCACAACGAUGCGCGCCAAGUACAAGGAUUUGCAGGAGAAGUACGCGCUUCUGAAGCGUAAGACCGACCUCGACGGCAGCGCCACCCGCGAGAUGCUCCAACGCAGUCUCUUGCAGAAGAAUGAGAUCGCCUCACUUCGGCUCCAGGUGAAAACCACCGAGGACAACCUCAACGCUGUUGUCGCCGAAUAUGAUAAAAAGCUCUACGCGGAGAACGAGAUCCACGAGGAGGCGAUUCGGUUACUGGCGCAUGAGCGCGAUGCAGCGCGGCGAGACGCGUUGCAGCUUCAGCGCGAACUGGUGCAUCUGCGCAGCGCCGCUGGGAACGUUCUAGCUCAGCGCUCUGAGCUUGAGUCGUUCUUUUAUGCGGCUUUGGAAGAGGUGCGUCAAGGCGUCGUCGAGGAGCGUCGACAGCUGCUGCUGGAGAAUACGACGAAGGGGGGUGUCAUCAACUCAAAGCAGGUGUCGCCGUCGCACACCAUCUCUUCGUUGUUGCGACUGGGGGCCCCUGAGCGACUCAUGCUGACGGAUAGCGCGAGCCCUGCACUGCUGAGGUCAUCGUCUCCAGCGGGGUGGGCUGUAGAUCGCAAGGGCUUUCCAAAACGGAUCGUUGCCGCCGCCUCAACCAACUUGCGGUCGCGAGCAGGAGUCGCAGCUGCGUCGUCGACAAUCUCAGCAAGUCGCUCGGCGCCCCUAGGCGAUGCGGCGCUGUUAAAGCUGCAAGCCUCUCCUUCCGUGGAGAAAGCCAUGGUCGACGGCGCUCUCGUCACACUGCCGGAUGCGUCUCCGUCCUAUCUGCGCAGUAGCGGGCAUGGGGUGCCCCCUCUCUUGGCGAGAGCAACCGAUCGCUGCGCGGUGGUAGCUGCAUCGGCUGCCCAAAGCGGGUGGCGCAGCACCUCCUGUGAAGACGGCGCCCCGUUUCGACUUGGCCCUCCGACGGUGGAAGAUGACUAUGGUGCUCCCUGUCCGGCUCCAGUAGGGCAGCACGGUGCUCUAGACACGGCCGAGGCGGGCGACUUCUCUCCCCUGCGAAGCCUGCCCAGCGCCCCGACCUGGCAAGACGUCAAGAGGGUCGACGUGAGUGAGCUGCGCUGGGUGGACAAGGAGCGCGUUAUUCAGCUACUUUUUAAACGUAUCCGACAAGAUGGACGGCAGCAUGCGCGGAUGUUACAACACGCGAGCCUGAAAAGCGACCCAUUAGGUUCGAAGAUUGACGCUGUCGCACCCGUAGAAGUGUUGCCUUCCGAUGCAACAGAAUUAGGUCGCGACUCGCUCACGUUUCUGACGCAGCAGUAG